AUGCAGCCCAAAGAAGGUGACAACGAUUUCACUUUAAUCCUUAAACACGGCAAAGAGAUGAGAGUAAGUAGAAAUGAAAUUGCGGCUUCAAGCGAUUUCUUUUCUACUCUUCUCAACAGCGACAUGAGGGAGAACAAAGAAGGAACUGUUCGGUUAGAGCACAUCACAGAGGCAGGUAUGAGAGAUGUGUUAGAGUUUGUACGAUCUGGUAGUGUUGAAAUAACUACUCUAGAGAAUGCGAAAGAGCUGAUCGAGGCAGCGGAAUAUUUACUUCUCGACAGAUUGAAAACAUUCUCUGAAAAAUAUUUAGUGCAGGAAACAUUAACAUCUUCAAAUUGUAUGACAAUUUAUUAUUUUGCUGAGCAAUAUCGAUGCCAAGAGCUGACAAUGAAGACUAGGCAAUUUAUCCUAUCAAACUUUACCGCUGUGACUGAAUGUCAAGAUUUUCUUUGUUUGGAUAACCAGCAAGUGGUGGAGUGGAUUUGCAGGGAUGACGUAGCUGUUAGUACAGAAGAUGUCAUAUUCAAGGCCAUAGUAAGGUGGAUUCAACAUAGCAAAAGCGAGCGGAAAGGGAAGUUCGAAGAAUUAUUUCGAUACGUGAGAUUGUUCUUUAUAUCGCGUGACUAUUUGCUCAGUGAUGUUCUAGCCAAUGAUCUCGUUUCAGGGUGCUCAAGUUGUUUGAAGCUUACCAAAGAAGCUGUAGAGGGAAAAUGUCCUUUCCAGUCACCCAGAGUGGGGACUGAUACACACCUAGUCGUUUACAUGGGCAAGGAGACGUAUUGUUAUGAACCUGACGGAGACAAGUGGUAUGGGUUAGCGGACACGCACUUGACAUACAUAAACACAAAUUUUUACGGCUCAGGUCCUUACAAAAUGUGCUCUUGUCAAGGAAAGUUGUAUGUUUUCCCAAAUUCGCAGAAUGUCUGUCAGAGCAGAGCAGAAACGUUUGACCCGUCUUUGAAUGGCUGGACUACGUUUGACUAUCAGACUGGACAGGCUUCCACACAGACUUUUGGUUUAGCAGUUGUAAGGGGGCAACUGUUUGCUGUUCAUGAUGAUCGUUCUGAAUGGUAUUGUGGCAGAGGUAGAGAUGGGCUCAUUCCACGGCUUCUACAGGGAGGGCCAAAAUUUUACUUAUCCAAGUAUAACUUUAAGUCAAACACAUGGACCGAUGUUCAUUGCUAUGGAAGUAAGCCAGUGGCUGCCACGGGUGCCUGUAUAAUCGCCAUGGACACAUACCUGUACGUUAUUGUUGGUUUAAUGCUUACUGACCUUGACAGUAUAUCACCACCUUAUAGAAUAGACACUAUGAGUCUACACUCAGGAAUGCGGGAUGGCGGCAAUCUGAGCUGGGAUCGUAUAACAGAGAUGAAAGAGCCAAGAGAGGGAGCCUGUGGCACUGCUGCACAUGGGAAGAUUUUUAUCGCCGGUGGAUUGGUGAGGGGAGGGUGUUACUGUGUGAGCUGUGAAGUGUACAACAUAGAAGCAGACGAAUGGCAGUUGAUAGCACGUUUAAAUUCUCCUCGCCUUUACGGCAGCAUGGUGUAUUUGAAGGGAAUUCUGUAUGUGGUAGGCGGACGCGGACGUGAUCUAAACUUUAAUAAAAGAGUAACGGCAGUUGAAAGUUAUGACUUUGAGGAAAAGAAAUGGAAGGAGAAAACAAAGUUGCCAAUCGACAAAACGUCUCAUGAGUGGAAAUAUGACAGUUGCACACUUUGUAUUCCAAGAAUACUCGUUAAACCCAUCCUCAAAAGACAGCAAGGGUCACUAUGGCCCUUGUUGCUAUGGUCACGACAGAGUGCUUUUCGGUAGUCUUGUCUGCUACGAGAACAAUCUCAGGGAGAGGAUGAGGACUAAAAAUAUGGAGCGUUUUCACAUGACAUCAUGGCGGCCAUAUUGGUGUUCCAAAACAAUAAAACGGUGGCCAUGUUGGUUUUCCAAACAAAUCAUAUUCCUGUGGGAGUUCAGAAGCCUGGGAGUUGAAAUCUUUUCUUUAAUAUGCAAACACUUUCUAUAGUUCCAAUAAAUUUGCACUUAGCCUGAGAAAACAGCCGACAUUUCGCGACGCCACAACUGGUUUCCCCUCGAAAUUCCAUACUGAUAACGUGUUACUACCCAGAUCUGGGUAGUUCUUCUAAUUGGUCCGUGCUGUGAAGGGAAUUUGCUUCAACUAAUCGAAAGCACUACCCAGAUCUGGGUAUUGAUACGUCAUCAGUAUGAAAUUUCAGCAGUCGUUUCUCAGACUUCACUUCACGGGGAAACCAGUGUUGCGUCGCAAAAUGUCGGCUCUUUUGUCAGGCUAAUUUGUACCGAGAUGCUGUCCACGUGAGGGCUUUGUAGAGCCAGGGAAAAGCGCCCUGGGGACGAGGUUGGUACUUUUGUUGGCGAGGAUCACGGAGGGGUAUUAUGUGUGAUCAUUUCCUCAAUUCUUACAACCUUGUUUAUUGGAACUACUUUUAUAUUGGACCGAGGAGAAAAUGAUUACUUCCCACUCGUACGACUCGUGAAACAGCUGUUCUUAGGUUUCGCGUGCAUUAACUAUAACUUUGCAAAGAAAAAUAAGAGACUGCUUGAGAGUCUAUGAUGGUGUGUACGUCAUAGAGCUGUCAGUCAUGAUUGUGGUUUGACGAAUUAAUGACCCACACAGUUCUUCUCUUUGCACUGUUCUCACUUGACAUAUGUGUCGCCAAAAGUCCAUUUUAGUCAGUCAAUGUUUCAAACGCUUCAUCACUUCGCACAUUACUUGUAACACUAAAAAUGUGAUCUACAUGGUUCAAUGUAACCGUUGUAAUUUACAAUAUAUAGGUGAAACUAAGUGACGUCUCAAGGACAGAUUUAACGAACACAGACGUGCAGUCGACAAAACUAACAUUAAAUUAGACUACGAGUAGUCCUCCAUUUUUCGUCAAGGAUAGUAGAGCGAGCGAAACGCGAGCGCGCGUGAAAAUCACCCCACGCGAGAAAAGGCGACACGCGGCGAAAAAAUUUUUCUCUCUCCCCGUCGCGUGUCGCCUUUUCUCGCGUGGGGUGAUUUUCAGGCGCGCUCGCGUUUCGCUCGCUCUACUAUUCUUGAGGAAAAAUGGGGGACUACUCGUAGUCUACGUUCUUAGGUUUCGCGUGCAGUAACUAUAACUUUGCAAAGAAAAAUAAGAGACUGCUUGAGAGUCUAUGAUGGUGUGUACGUCAUAGAGCUGUCAGUCAUGAUUGUGGCUUGACGAAUUGUUCAUUUUUCCCUCUCCCCGCCGCGUGUCGUCAUUUCUCGCUAGGGGUGAUUUUCACGCGCGCUCGCGUUUCGCUCGCUCUACUAUCCUUGAGGAAAAUGGGGGACUACUCGUAGUCUAACAUUAAAUCUAAACCCACUACUGUUUCUGAACACUUUCUCUCUUACUCUAACCAUUCUCAUACUGACAUGCAGUUAAUCCCACUAGAGAAAAUUCAUUCCUCACGUGACUCAGUUCAUAAGGCCAGGGAGUCGCAUUUGAUAGAUAAGGCCAUGACUCUUUAUUAAACCUCAUGGCCUAAACCGCCGUGACGAAUUAUUGUAAUCCAUAUCCUUAGUAUUUUUCCAUUCCAGUUUUUAUGUUGUACGUCAUUUCCGCCUCUCCCUUUUAUUGCGACGUUCUCCAUUUAUAUAAUAUUGUGAUUGCUACAUAAGUUCAGUAACAUCUGUAAACCUGAAGAAGGCUGGUAUGGCCAGCCGAAAUAUUGUUAUAAAAAACAAUACACGUUGUUUUAAAUCAGCUUUGCAGUAGUCUUUGGACUUCUCGUUCUUGGUUCGCGCAAAAAUGCAGCCCAAAGAAGGUGACAACGAUUUCACUUUAAUCCUUAAACACGGCAAAGAGAUGAGAGUAAGUAGAAAUGAAAUUGCGACUGCAAGCGAUUUCUUUUCUACUCUUCUCAACAGCGACAUGAGGGAGAACAAAGAAGGAAUUGUUCUGUUACAGCACAUCACAGAGGCAUGUAUGAGAGAUGUUUUAGAGUUUGUACGAUCUGGUAGUGUUGAAAUAACUGGUCCAGAAAAUGCGAAAGAGCUGAUCGAGGCAGCGGAAUAUUUGCUUCUCGACAGAUUGAAAACAUUCUCUGAAAAAUAUUUAGUGCAGGAAACAUUAACAUCUUCAAAUUGUAUGUCAAUUUAUUAUUUUGCUGAGCAAUAUCGAUGCCAAGAGCUGACAAUCAAGACUAGGCAAUUUAUCCUAUCAAACUUUACCGCUGUGAGUGAAUCUCAAGAUUUUCUUUUUUUGGAUAACCAGCAAGUGGUGGAGUGGAUUUGCAGGGAUGACGUAGCUGUUAGUACCGAAGAUGUCAUAUUCAAGGCCAUAGUAAGGUGGAUUCAACAUAGCAAAAGCGAGCGGAAAGGGAAGUUCGAAGAAUUAUUUCGAUACGUGAGAUUGUCCUUUAUAUCGCGUGACUAUUUGCUCAGUGAUGUUCUAGCCAAUGAUCUCGUGUCAGGGUGCUCAAACUGUUUGAAGCUGGCCAAAGACGCUGCAGAAGGAAAAUGUUCUUUCCAGUCACCCAGGAAUUGGACUGAUACACACCUAGUCGUUUACAUGGGCAAGGAGACCUAUUGUUAUGAACCUGACGGAGACAAGUGGUAUAAGUUAGCGGACACGCAUUUGACAUACACAAACACAAAUCCUUACAAAAUGUGCCCUUUUCAAGGAAAGCUGUAUGUUUUCCCAAGUUCGCCGAACGUCUGUCAUAAAAGAGCAGAAAUGUUUGACCCGUCUUUGAAUGGCUGGACUACGUUUGACUAUCAGACUGGGCAGGCUACCAGACAGACUUUCGGUUUAGCAGUUGUAAGGGGGCAACUGUUUGCUGUUUAUGAUGAUCCUUCUGAAUGGGUCCGUGCCAGGAGAAAUAGGCUCCUUCCACGGCGUCUACAGGAAAGGCCGUCAUUUUACUUAUCCAAGUAUAACUUUAAGUCAAACACAUGGACUGAUGUUCACUGCUAUGGAAGUAAGCCAGUGGCUGCCACGGGUGCCUGUAUAAUCGCCAUGGACAGAUACCUGUACGUUAUUGGUGGUUUAAUGCUUACUGACUUUGAGACUAUAUCAUCACCUUAUAGACUAGACACUAUGACUCUACACUCAGGAAUGGGGGGUGGCGGGAAUCAGAGCUGGGAUCGUAUAACUGAGAUGAAAGUGCCAAGAUGGGCAGCCUGUGGCACUGCUGCACAUGGGAAGAUUUUUAUCGCUGGUGGAUCAGCGGAAGGAGGGUCUCCCAGUCUUGACACCUGUGAAGUGUACAACAUAGAAGCAGACGAAUGGCAGUUGAUAGCAAGUUUAAAUUCUCCUCGCUUUUCCGGCAGCAUGGUGUAUUUGAAGGGAAUUCUGUAUGUGGUAGGCGGACGUGGUCGAAACGUUAAUAAAAGAGUAAUGGCGGUUGAAAGUUAUGACUUUGAGAAAAAGAAAUGGAAAGAGAAAACAAAGUUGCCAAUCAACAAAACGUUUCCCGAGUGGAAAUAUGAUAGUUGUGCACUAAAUAUUCCAAGAAUACUCAUUAAUCCCAUCCCCAAAAGACUGCCAGCCUUACUAAGGCCCUUGUUGCUAAGGUCAUGA